ACUCUUCAUCAUGCCCACUUAUCUUGGAUUAUGUUUUCCUAAACUCACAGUAAUAUUUGGUUUUUUAUAAUCUUGAUUCAAUUAAUAACGUGUAUCUGAAUUGGUGUUGCUCCAAAGCACAAGACUCCGAUCAGUGUUUGUUUUCUCUGCAUCACUCAUCACUGCCUUUCAAAUCCAAACUCUGUCUCUUUUAUGUAAUAUAAUAUAAUAUAAAAUCUUCUGAUGCGGCAGAGUUGGUCGCAUAACAGGGUGACUCGGUCAUACAUACCCCUCUCUUCAUCGAGGUUACAACUUCACUAAAGCAGAGGAGAUCUCGGAAAUCUUAGUGGUUGGAACAUUCAGAAGAUUGAAAGAAGUGGCAAAAACAAAAAGACGAAAAAUGGAAGGUGGCUUGUUUCCACAUUGGAAAGAUGGACCAUGGCACGAGCUAGAUUUAGAGGAGAAUGAAGAACUGUUUUUGGUGUCAUCCUUGCCAGCAAUACCUGAGCCACCAACACCACAUGAGCCUAUGGAGUUCUUAUCCAGGUCAUGGAGUCUCUCUACUUCUGAGAUUUCAAAGGCUCUUUCGGAGAAGCAAAACCAAAACCAACCUCUUCUUGAUCAUAAGAGUAGUCCAGACACACUGCCUGAACCAAUUUCUGCACCUCAAUUAGUACCAGGUAAGAUCACACAUUCUGGUCAUUGUAGAAGAAUGAGUAGUACUAUUGGGAAAUGGUUGCAUCAGAAGCAGAAUGGAAAUACUAAUACCAGUAUGAAAAAGAAAGAUCAGGCACGUAUUGAGAAUGCACGCGUGCAUUCUGCUCUUUCCAUUGCCGGACUAGCAUCUGCCUUGGCUGCUGUGGCUGCAGCGCAGGACCCAGGUGGCAGCUCUUGUUCCAAACUGGACCUUGCUAUGGCUUCAGCCACACAACUCUUAGCUUCUUAUUGCAUUGAAAUGGCUGAGUUAGCUGGAGCUGAUCAUGACCGUGUCGCUUCAACUGUAAGGUCUGCAGUUGAUAUUCAAACCCCAGGUGAUCUAAUCACUCUUACCGCUGCAGCUGCAACAGCUUUGCGAGGAGAAGCAGCUCUGAGAGAAAGAUUGCCAAAGGAAACUAAGAGGAAUGCAUCAAUAAGUCCCUGUGAUAAGGGAACAGCAGAAUUCUGUUUAGAGGGUAAGCUUUGGGAAAAUCAUUCUCCAUGUGAGGGAGAUUUAAUGCAACUCACAGAAAAAGGUGUAUUACGAUGGAAACAUGUAUCUAUCUACAUCAACAAGAAAUGCCAGGUCAAGAUUAAGAUCAAAAGCAAGCAUGUUGGAGGAGCAUUCUCCAAAAAGAAUAAAUGUGUUGUUUAUGGAGUAUGUGAUAAAGAUGGUGCAUGGCCAUAUAGAAAAGAAAGGGAAGAAUCAGAUGAAAACUACUAUUUUGGCCUGAAAACUGGAGAAGGUCUUAUGGAGUUUAAGUGCAAAAAUGAAAUCCAAAAGCAGAAAUGGGUUGAUGGGAUAGAGCUUCUACUUCGUCAAGUCAAUUCUGUUGAACCAAAUGAGCCUAGUAUGGAAUUUUCAAAUUAAUCUUAGUACCGGCAUAUGACUUGUUUGGAUUGUAUAUAUACACCCUAGAGAGUAGGACACAUGAUUAUGCAAAAUUACUAAGAAUGUUCUAACUCUAUGGUACAGUACAGAUGUAAAGAAUAAUGUUUCGUUA